AACCAACCAACCAACCAACCAAACAAACAAAUAAAACAAAACAGAAAGUGAAUGAUACCUGAGGAGCAACACCUGAGGUUGGCCUCUGGCUUCCACACCCUUGUGAAUAUGUGCACACCUUUCCCUAACAAGAACACACACACAAAUACCCUGUACAAAUAUACAUACACCACACACACUCAAGUUGUGUUACUACCCAGGGCUUUGUGGAAACUUUCAGCCAAAGGGGUCAUAGGCAGAGUGGACAGUGGUCCAGGAGUGUAAGAUGUUGCAGGAAGUAAGAUUCCUGGGAGGUGGGUGACACAAGGCUCCAUGCCCACCCAGUUCAACAUUUUUCUGUUGUUUUAGAAUACAUUGUUACAAAUGGGGAAGCUGGGAUAGUGCAGCCUCAGUGUAGGGCCCAUCAUUGCCCAAAUACUAGGAUGGAGGCAGUUUGAGAGCUGUCUUAGCUUGGUUCAACCCCUGCCUGGAUGUGGGUUGAUGCAGAGUAAGCAGAAACUGAGUCUCUGAGUAGCUGGCAGUCAGCUUUGCCCAAUGACAUUCUCUGGGUGGUUGCACAUGCUUGCACACUCUCCAAAUAUAAGCCCGUGCCCUCCAUAAACAGAAGCCACAAGACAGGCCCUGAGAUGGAAGCCAGGCUGCUGAACACCAUCUGGGGACUCUUCCUGGUGUACCUGCUGCAGGCGGAGUCUACAAGGGUGGACCUAGUACCAGAGAAGAUUGCAGGAUUCUGGAAGGAAGUGGCUGUGACUUCUGACCAGAACCUGGUGCUGAAGACUCAAAGGAGGAUAGAGGGUUUGUUCCUCACCUUCAGUGGGAGGAAUAUCACCGUGAAGGCUGUGUAUAACAGCUCAGGGAGCUGUGUAACAGACACAUCAGUGGGUUCAAGAAGAGACACUCCCGGGGAUUUUGCUUUUCCUGGCCACAGGAAGAUCUGCGUGCUGGAGACAGACUAUGAACAUUACACCAUCCUGAAGUUGUCCCUGCUUUGGCAGGGCAGAAACUUCCAUGUGCUCAAGUACUUCACUCGGAGCCUUGAGACUGAGGAUGAGCCUGGCUUCUGGAAGUUUCGAGAAAUGACAGCAGAUCAAGGUCUUUACAUGCUGGCCCGACAUGGGAGGUGUGCUGAGCUCUUGAAAGAGGUGAGCCCGCUACCCUUGGUCUACAUUGCAGCCCAGCCUUCAUGGAGCUCCUGCUGGCACUACUAGAUUCUGGUCCCGGAAAGGAGGGGUCAUCCAUCCCUCCUCUGAGCAGGACAACCAACAGCCCUGAUAGGCAGCUUCAGAUGCUUCUGUUUUGUAGUUUGGAAAGAACAGUCUGCAAUGUGACUCCAAGCUGUCAUGCUGGGCUCUUGGGGGUGGGACAGGGCUAGGUUGGAGAAGGGAGGUACCUUGUUUGUAUUGUUCUGUCCAGCAGGGAUGUGCAGGGCGCAGGUUUUACCCCUUCGUGUUCUGCCAGUUGGUGGGAGUUCAGCUCUGUUGGCUAUCUUGGGGUUUCCUAUGUCUAACACUAUGCUAACCCACUACCUACACAACCUCACCGUCACAGCAGAGGCCCCAGAGGUUGACACUAUAACUCCAAGGCUCAGGGAACCAGUGCUUUGCCAAAGCCAGGCAGCUGAGGUACCAGGUACCUAGCUUGUGAUGCUUGACCAGCACAGGGUUCUUGAAGGCCACACAUGGCUCUAAGCUCUGCUAUUCUGCCUACAGGGACUGGUCUGAAUAGCUUCUGCCCUGGCCCAAGGCUACAGCCCCACCUACCUGGCCUCUCCUGCUCCUGCCUGAUGGGCCUCUUGCACCUGCUUCCAAUAAACCCUGCUGCCAAA